AUGUGCUUCCAAUCGGCUGGUCGUUCGCUGUUCGUUGAAUCAUCGGAUGAUCCGUUUUUGGAUAAUUACAUUGAAACGGUCUCACAGAUGACUGCUAAAGAAAUAAUGAUGCUUCCGAAAAUGGACGAUGACGAAUUUCUUCAAUUUUUCCUUAAUGACAAUCAUACUGCUGUGCGCGGUCUUGUACUCCGUGUGGACACAGGUGUCUUUGAUGCACUUCGUGACGAGCAAUUGAAGCGUCAAACCGACAUUGAUGAAGAAUGGGAAACAUUGAUGGUAUCAGGUCCAAUGGUCGUUGGAUAUAUGGGUAAUCUAAUGGUUCUCUCCAGUAAAAAAGAUUUUCCAUUCCAAGCACCACCUGGAUACGUUUAUCGAUACAUUCGAUAUCCAAACUCAUUCCGUGCUACGCUUGCUCAAGUGGGUACAGAUAUGUACGAUGCUCUUAUGGAUGCUCAUACUGCCAUGAAUAAAAUUCAAUUAGAUAUUCAACUAGUACCUUCACAAGUGAAAAAAGCAAUGAAAUUGAUUACUUCAGCAAAAGAUGCCAUGCUCAAAUCGUUACUUCCUGGUACAUUGGAAAGCAUUGGACGUUUAGCAACUCAAAGUGCGGAUACAGCUAAUUCAACACUACUUCGUUUCAAUAAAUUACAAGAUCUGCUAGGUGAAAUCAUUGAAUUAAGUGUAAGUACUCAAUCAGGUAAUGAAGCUGAGAUUGAUCGACUGGAAGAACAACGACUGAACUCUACUCUCGAACAAGAUCGUAUAAAACAAAGCCUUGAGGCCAUUAAAAAACAAUACGAUCAAUCGAAAGCCAGUCUUGAAGUAGCGCGUAAGAAAUACGCUGAAGCAAUGGCAGCACUUGCGGAUAACACGUCUCCUCAAAUCGUAGCUAGUGGAGGUUCAAAACCUAAUUUACUUACAGUAGCUAUUGGAAUUGUAUUUGAUCCUGUGAAAACCGUCGGCUGUCUGCUCGGUGGUUGCAGCAAUCCGACAUAUACAGUGGACAAUACGAAAUUUGAAAAUGCCAUGAAAGUAGCGCAAUUAGCCAAAGAAGAAUUGGAACGUGCGGAGGAAAUUCAUAAUCAACAUUUUCUUCUUCAACUCUCCGAACAGAACGACUUGGCUAAAAUCAUCAAUCAAAUGGCUAUGUUGGACAUAGCUCAACUGAGCACCGAAGAAAUUCUUCGUUUAUUAAUUGAAUCAGCCGAACAAAUCAAUUUAAUUCGAGAUCAGUGGGGACGUAUGAUUCAAUUCUUCUCAAAAUUAGCUGCUCAAGCAUACAGUACUCAACAAGUUGUUGUCAAAGAUUUCAUCGAUGUUAUUCAACAAGCGCAAACGGAUAAUUUAUUAGUUGAUCCUUUUGAACGCGAAUUCUUCAUGGAACUUCUUGUACCUUCCGCAACAACGAUCGAAAAGGGUGCACAUCUUCUGUACACCAUGGCUAGAACAUACUAUUCUGUAUCAAGUGAACAUAUGAUCAAUCAGAUCGCAGGUAUCAGCACAAUGUUAUUCUUACAAACGGAUGAAGCGCGUCAAGCACAACUUAAGCUAACAUUGAAUAACACUGUAUCUACUUCGUUACAAAUAACUCAAAUGGCAAAAGACAGACACGCACUUUAUCUACAAGAAAUGGAAAAUCGUCAAGCAGAAUAUACCACCUAUAUAAAUAACUUACAAACAUCUGAACUUCAAGAAACUAUUGGAAAAUAG